GUAUCUGACUUACUUGACCCUSAACAGGYUCUGCGACUUCGCACUCCAGCUAGGUGUUCSGUGUGGUUCAGACGCUCCCAUCUUUUCUGUUCAGGUCCACAGAUUUGCAGCCAGCUCAAAACACUAAGCAGCCAUGGAUGCCAUCAAGAAGAAGAUGCAGAUGCUCAAGCUUGAYAAGGAGAAUGCCUUGGACAGAGCUGAGCAGGCCGAGUCAGACAAGAAAGCAUCUGAGGACAGAAGCAAACAGCUUGAGGAUGACCUGGUAGCACUGCAGAAGAAGCUGAAGGCCACUGAGGAUGAGUUGGACAAAUACUCCGAGGCCCUGAAGGAUGCUCAGGAGAAACUGGAGCUCGCUGAGAAGAAAGCCACAGAUAGCAGAAAAGGCAUGAAAGUCAUUGAGAACCGAGCAAUGAAGGACGAGGAGAAGAUGGAGCUGCAGGAGGUCCAGCUGAAAGAGGCCAAACACAUUGCUGAGGAAGCUGACCGCAAAUAUGAGGAGGYAAUGCAGGUGGCCCGUAAGCUGGUGAUCAUUGAGAGYGACCUGGAACGGACGGAGGAGCGUGCCGAGCUGUCCGAGAGUAAAUGCUCUGAGCUGGAGGAGGAGCUGAAGACGGUGCAGAACAACCUGAAGUCUCUGGAGGCCCAGGCGGAGAAGUACUCGCAGAAGGAGGACAAGUACGAGGAGGAGAUCAAGGUUCUYACAGACAAACUGAAGGAGGCUGAGACUCGUGCUGAGUUCGCUGAGAGAUCAGUUGCCAAGCUCGAGAAAACCAUCGAUGACCUGGAGGACAAACUCAGACGUGUUAAAGAAGAGGGCCUGAGCAUUAAGCAGAUGAUGGAUCAGACCCUACUGGAGAUGGUUAAUAUUUGACCCAGCUCUGUUCCUUUCCACUACCUGACUUCACAUGUUCUAAACGACCGACUCCCACAUGCUGCUGCUGCUACGGUGGACACGUGGGUCUGUGUUUAGCUGUACCUCUGGCAUUGUCGACUACAGGACACAAACUCUGUAUGAAGUAGCAGAAAAGGCAUUGAGCUCCAGCUCAGCUACACUGUUUAUAUUGCACGCUCUGUUCAAGUUCACUGUACACGUCCAAUGGUUUACAUAUGUGUUGGGACUUUGCACUUUUGAUGAUGAAAAUACUGCACAUUGUCUUUAUGAAUGAAGCCAUAAUUUAAGCCAAGCCUGUAUAAAAGGGACUUUUAUUAUCUGUA